AUGGCUAUUUUCCAAUUCACUGAAAUAGCUGAAGAAAGGCAAAUAGUAAAAUGUAACACUAAAAGUGUGUGCCCAACUAAACACACUAAAUCAUCCCGAGAAUCACUGAUGGUGAUUGGUGAUAGUGAUUGGAAGCUGAAGAAACAGAAAGUUAACUUGGCCUAUAGACGUGGCGGUGGAUUCGGCAAGGAUAUUUCCAAACUGAAUAUUAAUAAUGUAACAAUAAUGGCACAAAAAUUUAGGAAGUGGAUGCAGAGAUUAAAACAUAAAGUAAUCAGAAAAAAAACUCAAGUGGCUUCAGGUGAAUGCAAUGAAGACACAGAAGUUUAUAAUAUUACCCUUUGCACAGGAGAUGAGCUCACAUUAAUGGGACAAGCAGAAAUCUUAUAUGCAAAAUCUUCAAAGGAAAAGUCACGGCUCAAUACCAUUUUCAAGAAAAUUGGAAAACUCAAUUCCAUUAGCAAAUUGGGCAAAGGCAAAAUGCCUUGCUUGAUUUGCAUGAACCAUCGGACCAAUGAGAGUAUUAGCCUACCUUUCCAGUGUAAAGGGAGAUUCAGCACACGUAGUCCCUUAGAGCUGCAAAUGCAAGAAGGGGAGCAUACCAUUCGAAACAUCGUGGAGAAGACACGGCUCCCAGUGAAUGUGAAUGUGCCAAGCCCUCCCCCACGGAAUCCUUAUGACUUGCAUUUUGUCCGUGAAGGGCACCGUUACAAGUUUGUUAAUAUUCAAACCAAGACAGUUGUGGUUUGCUGCGCACUACAUAGUAAUAAAAUUAUUCCAAUGCACUUUCCUUUGCAUUUAGCUCUUCCAAAGUUUACCCUUCCAGAAAGUCUUGUGAAAGGAGAAGUAUGGCAUGAAGCCUUUGUGAAGCACUGGUUUGGCCUCUGCCAAGAGCAGUUUGAUAUUGAUGAAUAUUCUCGUGCUGUGAGAGAUGUAAAAGCUGACUGGAAUGAAGACUGCAAAAGCCCACAAAAAAGUCGACCCACCAGCCACAACCAUGUGCCAAACUCUCUCAGUUAUGCCCGGGAUGAGUUGACCCAGUCUUUCCACCGUCUCUCAGUCUGUGUUUAUGGAAACAACCUCCAUGGAAAUAGUGAGGUGAAUCUUCAUGAUUGCAGAGACUUGUGUAAUGAGUGGGCUUUAUCUUCUCAUGAUGCUUUGCAAGAUUCUAGGGAUGGGAGCUGUAACUACCCUUUCCCUGAAAUUAGUGAAGAAACAGUCUGUUUACCUCCUAAACUGGAACUUCCAUAUGAAGAACUAUGGUUGGACAAAGAGGAUGGGAAAGUGAAUGAUCAGCCACUUACUCGCUCACAGAGCGAAAAGAACAAAUGUGACAACUACAGGAGUUCUUUCCGGUCCAAGGGUGGUACAGCUUCUCUGCCAGCACCUGGAUCUUUAGUAACAACAGCAAAAUCCUCAGAUGUUUCCCUACCUCCACCACCUGUGCCUCCUAAAUCAGAAGCGGUCAGAGAGGAAUGUAGACUCUUGAAUGCUCCUCCUGUCCCACCACGCAACUCAAAGCCAACAUCUACUAGCCCUUCUAUUCCUCCACGGAUGAGCAAACCUGUGCGGCAGCAAACUCGUUCUCCUAGUCCAACACUUUCAUAUUAUUCAUCAGGACUGCAUAAUAUCGCCACAGAAGGAGAUGCUGAAAACUCUUCCGAGAUUAUUCCCGUAACUUGUUAUCCAUGUGUUAUGGGGAAAAGUGACCUGCAAGAAGUUGACAACAAAUUGCCUUUGGGAAGCCCGUCUGCUGAUGCUUUGCUCUCUAGACUUUCAUGGCCAAAUCAUUUUUCUGGAGCUGCUGAAGGCCUUACUAGGAGUGAGUUUCUGUUGGAUCCAAGCAGAAGUUAUAGCUAUCCAAGGCAGAAGACUCCCAACACACCAAAGAGAAGCUGUCCAGCACCUUUUACAUUCAAUUUUGACAGAAAUGAAGUUUCUGUAGGGGAUGUACCACCAGCUACAACUGAGGUAGAAUGCACCAUGCCCAGUUGCCCAAAAUCAGCAAGUUACUCACUUGAAUAUACCGAUGAAAAAAGUUUGGCAGUAAGUGGUACAUUGCAGUCACUUUCUUGCCCUGCCUUACCCCCUCGUGCACCAAAGAUGGUAGAGGAGAAGCCAGGGCUUGACUUGUGUCCCGGGUCUCUCAGAAUAGAUGGUGCUGAGGAGGAUCCUCUCAGGAGCUCUCCAGACCUUUCUGAAGACCAGUAUCUGGGUAAAAAAAGCAUGCAAGACCUCUUCUCAGUUUCUUAUUCUUUCUCAUCACCCCUUCAUCUUCAGUUAGCACCGAGAUCUUGUGGUGAUGGUUCACCAUGGCAGCCACCCGUAGAUCUGUCUGGGCUUUCCAUUGAAGAAGUAUCUAAGUCUCUGCGAUUUAUAGGCUUAUCCGAGGAUGUCAUAACACUUUUUGUUACUGAAAAAAUUGAUGGCAACUUGCUUGUCCAGCUCAAUGAAGAGAUCCUUUCUGAGGACUUUAAACUCAGCAAACUACAAGUUAAAAAAAUAUUACAAUUUAUUAAUGGCUGGAGACCUAAAAUGUAGUGCUGACCAGUUCAACAAAAUGUAGAAGUAUGCUGAAACUAACUCACAAUCUA